UUAGUGUUCUGACGUGGGGUUAACAUCAGUGUGGAGAAUAAAAGCGCAGUAUAAAAGAGUUGGUCCUGGACACAACUUGGUGGGAAAAUAGCACAGAAAGAAGACAUGCGCGUCUCUUCACUAGCGGUGCGCGUGCUGUGCCUGCUGUCGCUCUCCUGCGCGUGCUACAUCCAGAACUGCCCGCGCGGGGGGAAGCGCGCCUCCGCCGAUCCAGCUAUCAGACAGUGCAUGGCGUGUGGUCCUGGAGCCAGGGGCCGCUGCUUUGGUCCUAGUAUUUGCUGUGAAGCAGGUUUAGGCUGCUCUGUGGGCUCUCGUGAAGCACUAAGCUGUAUUGAGGAGAACUACAUUCCCAGUCCAUGUGAGAAUGGAGGGAGAGCAUGUGGAUCUGAGCAGGGACGCUGUGCUGCUCCAGGUGUCUGCUGUAACUCAGAGAGUUGUGUUCUGGAUUCUGGCUGUUCAGAAGACAGCAGGCAUAACCGUCCUGCAGAAGGAAGCACUGUAUUGAGCAGUAUUUCAACAGGAGAGAUGCUUUUGCAUCUCCUCAGCCUGGCUACUGUGAAGCAGAGAGAAGUUCAACAGUUCAGCGAUACCUGAUUAUUUGUAUUAACAUACAAAAACUUAAUACAAAGCGUGCGCUUACAUAUUUUUGUGUGUAUUAUGUUCCCAUUUAUGGUAAUGAACUGCACAGUUCUUCAUAGGGUUAAGUGUGUAAAUAUGUAGUUAAUAAAUAUUUCUUGCACUGUCACAUGCUAUUAAGUGUGUUUACUCCUGUAUUCUUUUUUUUCUCUCGUACACUCCUUUCUCCUACUUCUAACCGUUUCAUUUAAAGGGCUAUUCAUUUGGCUUCUGGUAAUUUCUUAUUCAUUUGCAACUUCAUUGUUCAAGAAACAAGAUUAACCACUGUCGUUAAUGAGUCACUGUCACGCCAGACUACUUCCCAGGAUGUAACAGGUGUGUGUCAACAAUAAUAUCAAAUCCAGUUUUUACAGAUGUGA